AUGUCAUCAAUCGACUUUAGAUCUAACAAGACCGUCACUAAGGACGACCAUUUAUACACUAAAUUCACUUAUGAAAACUCUGUUGUUGAAAAAGAUGCUGAAGGUAAAUUACACGUCACUCCAACUGCUGAAGAAUAUGAAUUUAAAUUAGAUUUAACCGUUCCAAAAGUUGGUUUAUUAUUAGUUGGUAUUGGUGGUAACAAUGGUACUACUCUUUGUGGUUCUAUUUUAGCUAACAAACACAACAUUUCUUUUGAAAACAAGGAAGGUGUUGUUAAGCCAAAUUAUUAUGGAUCUGUUACUCAAUCUUCCACUAUUAAAUUAGGUAUUGAUAAAGAAACUGGUAAUGAUGUUUAUGCUCCAUUCAAUUCUAUUGUUCCAUUUGUUAAUCCAAAUGAUUUAAUUGUUGAUGGUUGGGAUAUUUCUGGUUUAACUUUAGACCAAGCCAUGAAGAGAGCACAAGUUUUAGAUGUUGAUUUACAAAAACAAUUAUAUCCAUACUUACAAGAAAAGAAACCAAUGGAAUCUAUUUAUUAUCCAGAUUUCAUUGCUUUGAAUCAAAAAGAACGUGCUGAUAAUGUUUUUAACAAGACUGCUAGUGGUGAAAUUAACACUGGUGAUAAAUGGGCUGAUGUUGAAAAAGUUAGAAAAGAUAUUAGAGAUUUCAAAGAAAAGAAUCAAUUAGAUAAGAUUAUUAUCUUAUGGACUGCUAAUACUGAAAGAUAUGCUGAUGUUUUAACUAAUGUUAAUGAUACUGCUGACAAUUUGAUUGCUUCUAUUAAGAGUUCUCAUGAAGAAAUUGCUCCAUCUACUAUUUUCGCCGUUGCUGCUAUUUUAGAAAAGAUUCCAUAUAUUAAUGGUUCUCCACAAAAUACCUUUGUUCCAGGUGUUAUUGAAUUAGCUGAAAAGUAUGGUUCUUUUAUUGGUGGUGAUGAUUUCAAAUCAGGUCAAACUAAAUUGAAAUCUGUUUUAGCUCAAUUUUUAGUUGAUGCUGGUAUUAAACCAUUAAGUAUUGCUUCUUAUAACCAUUUAGGUAACAAUGAUGGUUACAACUUAUCUGCACCAAAGCAAUUCAGAUCCAAGGAAAUUUCCAAACAAUCUGUUGUUGAUGAUAUGAUUGAAUCUAAUGAAAUCUUAUAUAAUAAAGAAUCCGGUGAUCAUGUUGAUCAUUGUAUUGUUAUUAAAUAUUUACCAGCUGUUGGUGAUUCCAAGGUCGCUAUGGAUGAAUAUUACAGUGAAUUAAUGUUGGGUGGUCACAACAAAAUUUCUAUCCACAAUGUUUGUGAAGAUUCCCUUUUAGCUACUCCAUUAAUUCUUGAUUUAGUUAUUGUUGCUGAAUUCUUAGAAAGAGUUCAAUAUAGAAAGGUUGGUGAAGAAAAAUACCAUGAUUUCUAUAGUGUUUUAACUUUAUUGAGUUAUUGGUUAAAGGCUCCAUUAUCCAGACCAGGAUUCAAGCCAAUUAAUGGUUUAAAUAAACAAAGACAAGCUUUAGAAAACUUGUUGAGAUUAUUAGUUGGAUUACCAAUUAAUAAUGAAUUAAGAUUUGAAGAAAGAUUAUUAGUUUAA